GUAACAGCGACAGUGAAGUGAGCGAUAGAAAUCGUUGGGCGACGAAAGAGACAAGAAGAUCGCGCGGUAUUCCCAGGUGCGGUACUCAAUGGGAAAGCAAAAGCAACAAGUGAUUUCCCGCUUCUUCGCUCCCAAACCCAAAUCCCCUCCUCCUCCUCCUCCUCCUCCUCCUAAAAUCUCCGCCACCGUCACUUUCUCCCCCGCCAAACGCCGCCUUACUUCCAACUUCACCACCUCUCGCAAACACCCCAAACUCUCCCCCCACACCCAAAACCCCGUUCCCCCUUCACUCCACCAACGCUUCCUCCAGAAGCUUCUCGAACCUUCCACCCCUCAACAACACCCCGCUUCCUCUUCCAAACCCCCAACCUACACUCCCCUCGAACAGCAAGUCCUUGACCUCAAAGCCAAACACCCCGACGUCCUCCUCAUGGUGGAGGUCGGUUACAAGUACCGUUUCUUCGGCCAAGACGCCGAACACGCCUCCAGAGUCUUGGGCAUUUACGCACACAUGGACCACAACUUCUUAACCGCUAGCAUACCAACUUUUCGGCUAAAUGUCCACGUCAGGAGGCUCGUCACUGCCGGCUACAAGGUCGGCGUUGUCAAGCAGACCGAGACCGCCGCCAUCAAGGCCCACGGCUCCAACCGCUCCGCCCCCUUCGAGCGCGGCCUGUCCGCGCUCUACACCAAGGCCACGCUCGAGGCCGCGCCGGACUUGGGGGGAGCGGAGGAUGGGUGCGGCGGAGAGAGCAAUUACUUGCUCUGUGUUGUGGAGAAGAGUGUUUUGGAUGAGAAGGGUGGUGUUGAUGCGAGGAUUGGGAUUGUUGCUGUGGAGAUUUCGACCGGGGAUGUUGUUUUUGGGGAGUUUUGUGAUGGUUUUCUGAGGAGUGCGCUUGAGGCUGUUGUUCUGAACUUGUCUCCGGCUGAGUUGCUUCUCGGUGACCCUCUUUCGAAGCAAACGGAGAAGUUAUUGCUGGAUUUUGCUGGACCUGCCUCAAAUGUUCGUGUGGAGCGUUUUUCACGAGAUUGCUUCAUUGAUGGGGGUGCUCUUGCUGAAGUUAUGACCUUGUACGAGAACAUGCACAUAGACAGUCCAUCAGAUUCAAUACUAAGCAAUGAUUUGACUGAGAACAGAAGUCAAAAGUUAAUAAUCAAGGAGGUGAUGAACAUGCCAGAUUUGGCUGUCCAAGCUUUGGCCUUAACUAUUCGUCAUUUGAAGGAAUUUGGUUUUGAAAGAAUUCUGUGUUCGGGAGCUUCUAUUAGGCCUUUCUCAAGCAAUACGGAAAUGACCCUCUCAGCCAAUGCACUUCAACAACUGGAGGUUUUAAAAAAUAACAGUGAUGGAUCUGAGAUCGGUUCUUUGCUGCAAAUUAUGAAUCGUACUCUUACUAUAUUUGGCUCCAGGCUUCUUAGGCAUUGGGUAUCUCACCCAUUGUGUGAUCAAACCUUAAUUUCUGCUCGUCUUCAUGCUGUAUCUGAAAUUGCACAGUCCAUGGGAUCUUGUAAUAGUGUGAAGAAUCUUGUACGUGUUGAGGAAGAUCCUGACGUAGCAAUUGUGCAACCUGAGUUAGCAUACACACUUUCACUGGUUUUGACAACUCUUGGCCGAGCACCUGAUAUACAACGUGGAAUUACUAGAAUUUUCCAUUGCACUGCUACCCCAUCUGAGUUUGUUGCAGUAAUUCAAGCUAUUUUGUCUGCUGGAAAACAGCUUCAACAACUUAACAUAGGAGAGGGGAAUAAUAACACAUUGCGCCCUAAUCUGUUAAAAAAGUUAAUUUUGACUGCUUCCUCUGACAGUGUUAUUGGAAAUGCUGCAAAAAUGUUGUCAUCUUUAAACAUAGACUCUGCUGAUCUAGGAGAUCUAACAAAAUUGAUUAUUGCAUCCGAGGGACAAUUCCCAGAGGUCAUUAGAGCUCGGGAGGCUUUCAAGCUGGCAGUGGAAAAACUAGAUUCAAUGAUUGACUUCUAUCGCAAACGGCUUGGAAUGAAAAAUUUGGAAUUCAUUAGUAUUUCUGGAACAACCCAUUUGAUUGAGUUAUCAACUGAUGUAAAGGUUCCUUCAAACUGGGUCAAGGUAAAUAGCACAAAGAAAACAAUUCGGUAUCACCCUCCUGAAGUAUUGACAGCAUUAGACAAGUUAUCAUUAGCAAAAGAGGAGCUCACUGUUGCCUGCCGAGCUGCCUGGAAUAGCUUUCUUACGGAGUUCAGUAAACACUAUGCUGAGUUCCAAGCUGCUGUUCAAGCACUAGCUGCUUUAGAUUGUCUGCAUUCACUUGCCAUUCUUUCAAGAAAUAAGGGUUAUGUUUGCCCAGUGUUUGUAGAUGAUCAUGAGCCUGUUCAGAUACAGAUUUCUUCUGGUAGACAUCCGGUUUUGGAGACUACCUUACAAGACAAUUUUGUCCCAAAUGAUACAAACAUGCAUGCAGAUGGAGAGUACUGUCAGAUUGUUACUGGACCCAAUAUGGGGGGAAAAAGUUGUUAUAUUCGCCAGGUGGCUCUGAUUGUUAUAAUGGCUCAGGUUGGUUCCUUUGUACCAGCAUCAUCAGCAAAAUUGCAUGUCCUGGAUAGGAUCUACACCCGGAUGGGUGCAUCUGACAGUAUUCAGCAAGGGAGAAGCACCUUCCUAGAAGAACUAAGUGAGACUUCGCAUAUACUCAAUAGUUGCACAGAACAUUCACUGGUUAUCAUUGAUGAGCUUGGGAGAGGUACAAGUACACAUGAUGGUAUGGCCAUUGCUCAUGCGACAUUGCAUUAUCUUCUGAAGCAAAAAAGAAGCAUGGUCCUCUUUGUCACUCACUAUCCCAAGAUUGCCAGCCUGGCAACUGAAUUUCCUGGCUCUGUGGCAGCAUAUCACGUGUCACAUCUGAUCUCACAUGAUGCAAGUAAAAAUUCCAACUUGGAUCAUGAUGUCACUUACCUAUACAAGCUAGUACCUGGUGUUUCAGAGAGGAGUUUUGGAUUUAAGGUUGCCCAGCUUGCACAGUUACCUUCUCAUUGCAUCAGUCGAGCUAUUGUCAUGGCUUCUAAAUUAGAAGCACUAGUAAACAGUAGAAUACAUGGUAGAUCAACAAAGGAGCUAUUAUUGGACACGCUGGUGAUUGGUCAAGAAAAAGAACAGCUUAUGGCUCAAUCACUUGAUCGUCCACAUAAAGAGUUUGAUAUGGCUUACAAAGAUUUCUAUUUAAACUUAAAAGCUGCAACACAAGAUGAUGACUGGGCAAAAAGCUUUCAUCUAUUGGAACAUGCCAGAAGCAUUGCAAAGAAAUUAAUUGGCAGAUCAAUGCAGUAUGUGUAAGUGAGGAUUACAUGCAGAAGCAGGGUUCGGGUCUUCUCCAGCGUUGUAGGAUGUAGAUAAAUAUUUUGCUUAAAAAUUUUGCUGAUUAGUUUAAGUUAAACCUUCCAAUUUUUUGCUUUACCUGCUUCCUGCCUCGUUUAUAUUUUUUUAAUUUCGGUUACGCUUGGGAAUAGAUUUUAAUUUCCGCCAUGUAUGUUGAUGUCCUAAUUUGAGCCAACGGAUGUAAAAUCAAUGUUGACACCAUAAAUUCUAUGUUACAUCCUUUGAAAUGUUUAUUUCAGCCGUUAACUUUUUAGUUUAUA